UAUAUGGGGUUAUAUCUUUUGUAAUUCGAUUUUUUUCGGUAGAUUUAAAAAUGACUUUUGCCGUAAUUUCGAAUCUGAGAAAUAUAGUUUUAAUUGCAUUUAAAAACUGAUUAACCUGAAGGUGGUCAAGAUUUCUCCUGUUUCAUAAACUUGGAUAUUAGUCAGCAACUGACAUUUCUAAGGAUUGACUACGUUACAACGCUACGUUAACAUGCGAGCUGGAGCAUGGGAUCAAACUCUUCCUGAACCCGAAUUGUUAGGAAGACACUUCCAUGAACAGUUUAAAAUAUCUCCAAGUCAUCAAAGGGGGCGGUCCGAAUGGAAGAAGGGCAAGAAGGGCAAGCCGCCGAAGGGCAAGGAGAAGCGGCGGGCGAAGGCGGAGGCCGGCGGCGACGCGGGAGCCCCGUCGGGCCCGCCCGAGGUGGAGCUGCCGACCAACGCCUCGAGCUUCGCGGUGUUUGCGAGCGUGCGGCUCGCCGUGCUGGAGCGCUGGACCAAGCAGGCGUGCCAGAUCUACCUGUCGUCGUCCGCGAGCGCGCCCGCGGGCGCCGGCAGCGACCAGGAGAGCGACAGCGACGACAACACGGACAAGAGGUGCGACGCCGCGCUGCUGCGAGUCCCCAAGAUCGUGGGCGUGGGACUCCGCUGCGGCUUCGAGCUGAUCCGCGAGAGCCGCUCCGCCCACCCCGCUCUCUGCACCAAGGCCCUGAGGGCGCUGCUGGACGUGGUCCAGGGACAGCAGCCAGAGGGAUUCAAGGACGAGCCCGCUGAAGUUGUCGACCCGCUGUUCGACCUGCUGCUGGACCUGGCCACGUCGCACGGGCCCGAGUCGGCGGCGGCGGACGACGGCAGCCAUCUCACGGCCGUGGCCUGCGCCUGCCUGCUGGGCCUGGUGGCGGCGCGAGGCGACACGGGCAAGCUGCUGAGCGCCGUGGCCGCGCUGCUCAUGUGCCCGCGCGCCCUCGCCACCCAGAGCAUGCACAUGCCCGCCGUGCUAACGUCAGUGCAGAGGAGCGUGCACGGGGUCCUGCUGGGCAAGAUGGUACGUCCGGACUGGAUCACGCACGGCGUUCCCAAGUCUUCCCGCAUAGACACCUUCCACGUCAAGAUCGGCAGCACCACGAACAACAUCCACAAUGCUACCACCAUGCGUUCGCUCGCUAGUGACGGCCAGUACGUCUACUUGUUCGUGUCGCGGGGCUUGUACAAGAUCGGCUCCGGAUACGGCGGCACAAUCAAAGGACAUGUGUACCUCCACAAACCAGACUUCUACAUCGACGACAAAGGCUGGUUGGGCUUUGCCAAUAAAACACUUUUCUUCAAGCCCAUCAGCAAGAAAGGCAGUGAGCUGUUGUCAGUUGACAGAGAGUCCUUCAAAGUGACGGAAGUUGUCAACGUGGACGGGAAGGACAGCGGCACUUCCGUCAUGUUCUCGGACAGCGAGAGCUUGGGGAUGAUUACGUCGGCCAAAGACGAUGGCUUCGCGGUGCGGAUGCUGAACAUGGGCGCGCGGCCGAUGGCGUGCGUGGCCGAGCUGGCGCUGAAGCUGGCGCGCAAGUGCAUCAGCGUGUUCGGGACGUGCUCCUUCGACGAGGAGCCCGCCGCCCGCACGCUUCGCACCGGCUGCGACGAGGAGACGGCCUCCGUCGCCGCGGGGAAGGACUUCGGCCUCGUGCGCACGAGCAGCGGCAAGGUGCUGUACUGCGGCAAGGCGGCCAGCCUGGGCAUCAAGCAGGGCGGGCCGCGGGCGGGGAGGUGGGCGGAGCUGCCCCUCACCAAGUCCCCGAGGAUCACGCACGUCGCCGUGGGCCACGAGGGGCUCCACGCGGCGCUGGUGGCCGAGGACGGGGCCGUGUUCUUCGCGGGGACCGCCCGCCGGGGCGAGGACGGCGACCAGAACAAGGCCCGCCGGCAGCCCAAGCCGGUGAAGCCCAAGAAGAUGAUGAAGGUGGAGGGGCAACAGGUGGUGUACGCGGCGUGCAACAACGGCACAACGGCCCUCGUCACCCGGGAGGGCGAGCUGCUCAUGUUCGGCAAGGACACUGCCCACUGCGACGCCUCCACAGGCCAAGUGACGGACCUGAAGGAGCACCACAUCACCCAGGUAGCGCUGGGCAAGGCCCACGCGGUGGCCCUCACCAACAAGGGCCACGUCUUCACCUUCGGCAUCAACAACAAGGGGCAGUGCGGCCGCGACUUCGCCAGCCACGCCAAGGAAGCCGCGCCGGCGGUGGUCGCCAUGGAGACGGCGGCGGAGGACGACGCGGACGACGAGGAGCCCGACUGGGAGGACGCGCAGGACGCCAUGUGCCCCCCGGGCAGGCACCGCUGGCGCCACGAGAUGUGCAUGGUGUGCACCGUGUGCCGCGAGUGCACGGGCUACAGCAUCAGCUGCCUCAGCAGCAUGCGGCCGGACCGCAACCCCGGCCAGGAGUGCGGCUGCGGCGAGGGCGACUCUGGCUGCUCAGAGUGCGGCUGCUGCCGCAUCUGCGCCCGGGAGAACAUCGACAACUCGGAGCUCGCGAUCCUGGGACCAAGCGGAGCCGGAGACUUGGCAGGCAUGAUGAGACUGGACCUCAUCUUUGGAGCGAGCCAGCGUGCCGCGCGCUUCAAGGACCAGCUCCAGCGGAAGCUGGAGGAGCGCGGCAAGGGCCGGCAGCGCGGCGUCAUGGCAGGGGUGUACAAGCUGGCCGGGCUCAAGGCGAGGGCGGGGGCCAACAGCAGCAGCUGCGCGGGGCCUUCGGGGGCCGGCGCCGGCGUCCAGCCGCUGCUCCCCAACAAGCCGGCCGCCUUCCGCCCGGCGCCGCCGCUCGGGCCCCUGGCGACCGCCAACCUCGCGGCGGAGGACCAGGCGGCGGGGAGCGACGCGGAGCGCGACGCCAGCCGGGUGACCUCGCUGCCCCCCGCCCGGGUGCACCUGCCCGCGGACAGCCCCGUGGCGCAGGUGGCCUGCGGGCUGCACCACACCGUGCUGCUGCUGCAGUCGGGCGAGGUGCUGACCUUCGGCAGCAACGCGCACGGCCAGCUGGGCACGGGCGACCUCUCCCCGCGCGGCGGCCCCGGCGCGGUGCGGCUACCCGCGCCGGCCGGCCACGUGGCGGCGGGCGGCUGCCACACCGUCGUGCUCACCGUCAGGGGCGAGGUCUUCACCUUCGGCAGCUACCAGAAAGGCCAGCUGGGCCGGCCGUUCCAGUCGACGGGGCAGGACGCCCAGGCGCCGGGCAACAGCAGCAGCAAGAAGGACGGCCGCUCCUCGUCCAGGGACGGGCCGUGGUACGCCGUCCCGGGGCAGGUGCCCGGGAUCGGGCCCAAGCACGGCCGCAGGGCGACGUGGGUGGGCGCGUCUGGCGACCAGACGUUCCUCAAGGUGGACGAGAGCCUGAUCAACGCCGCGAGCCUCGCCCGGUCCACCGUCAUGGCCAACAAGACCAGCAUCGUCCUCCUCCCGACGCAGCCGGACCACGCCUGCUCGUUCCGGUGCCUGGCCAUCAACAGGCGGGACGGCAGCUGCAACAGCUUCGCGGGGCCGGAGCACGUCGACUUCUCCCACACCGUCACGUGCCUGGACCCCCUGUACAACGUGCUGUGGAGCUACCACGCGGCGAGCAACGAGAUGGCGUGCUACAACCCGGUGGCGUCGGAGGCCCAGACGUCGGACAGCCUGCAGCUGUCGGUGCUGAGCCCCGAGCUGGCGCUGCCGGUGGCGCCGGGCUGCUUCGUGACGCGCUCGCAGGCGGCGCUCCACCUGCUCUGCUGCCUGGACACUCUGACCCAGGCCCAGGAGCAGCGCCUGGUGGUGCGGGAGGAGGGCUCCGCCCGCCGGGCCGGCUGCGGCAAGGUGUACAGCCGCGAGGACUUCUCCGCCGUCACCCGCUUCGAGAGUCACGGAGGAGGCUGGGGAUAUUCUGGCCACUCCAUAGAGGCCAUAAGGUUCAUGGCCGACACAGAUGUUUUGUUGGGCGGCUUCGGGCUGUUUGGCGGCAGAGGGGAGUACACCGGCAAGAUAAAGUUGUUCGACAUCGGCAUGGACGGGGGCGAGCAGGAGACGGACGGCGAGGUGCUGGCGGAGACCGACGAGAUCCCGUACGAGUGCGGUCCACGCCAGAAGUACCCCAUGCUCUUCGACGAGCCGAUCCCGCUACAGGCCAACAGGUGGUACGUGGCGUGGGCGAGAGUCAGCGGUCCGUCCAGCGACUGCGGGUCCAGCGGCCAGGGGAUGGUCACCACCGAGGAUCAGGUUGUGUUCUACUUCAAGUCGUCGAAGAAGUCCAACAACGGCACGGACGUGAACGCGGGGCAGAUACCUCAGGUCCUGUACCAAGUGGUCACCCCGGAGAACCAGGCUCCGAGCCUGCAGGCGGACCUGGCCGAGCCGGUGUACAUCCUCAGCCGGGACUUCUCGCGCACCGUGUCGAGGGAGUGCUUCCAGUCGCUGCUGGCCCUGCUGCAGUGGAGCUGGAACACGUUCAAGGCGGGCCUGGUGGACAUGGCGCACACGAGCGGCUCGGGCUCGGGCCACGUGGCGGCCGUGCUGGACCUGGAGCGCCUCGUCUACAUCAGCCGCGCCAGCCUCCGGCUGCUGCGCUCCUUCACCAGCGAGAUCUACCCCGACCGAGUCGGCAGCAAGAAGCAGUCGCUGGAGUCCGUGUGCCUGGCGGAGUGCGUGGGCGACGUGAGGGCUCUGCUCCGGCAGAUCCUGUCCGACCCCGUCCCCGGCUCCCAGCUCUCCCGCAAGCACGGCAAGAUACGCUCCCAGAAGAGUAGCCAUCAGUAUCACAAGAUGACCAACAGCAUCUUGGAAGAAUGCCAUCAGACGUUUGUUUCCUGCUUUCAUGCGUUCUACCCGACCUCAUACCUGAAGUGGAAUUGCUUGUGUGAACUGCUAGCGGUCAUGGAUAAGACCCACUACGACCACCUGCUGAGCGCGGUGCUGGCAGCCCUGUGCAGCCCGACCGUGCGGCUGCGCUCGACGUUCCCCGUGCCGGCCGCGGCGACGCCGGAGGCCCCCGACCGCGGCCUCCGCCAGGAGCUCAGCCCGUCCGACAACUCCGGCGUGCCCAUGAUGCCGAGCGCAGACGGACAUCACUACCCCAUCCUCGUGGAGCAGAUGACCUACCGGAGCCAGUGCGCGCAGGCGGAGGAGCGGAGCGCGGCGGGCCACUGGCAGUUCCGCGACGUGCUGGAGCGCCUGCUGGACCUGGUGGCUGUCCCCGUGCGCCAGGCGCUGUGCCGGGAGAAGGCUUCCCGCUCGCCGGCCCUCGUCAGGCACUGCUGCCACCUGCUGUCGCGCGUCGUCGCCGAGCUGGCGUCCCAGUCCAGCGGCACCGCGGAGGACGUGCAGGCGGCGUGCGGCCGCAUCCUGCACAGCACGCCGUCUCGCUUCACGCGCACCAACCAGAGCCGCACCUGGAACACGGGCAACGGCUCGCCCGACGCCAUCUGCUUCUCCGUGGACCGGCCGGGCGUCGUGGUGGCGGGCGUGUGCGUGUACGGGGGGCUCGGCAACUACGAGUACGAGCUGGAGCUCCUGGAUGACCAAAGCAACGCGGGCAACGACCCGUCGCACGCGCAGCGCUGGAACAGCCUGGAGCUGGCGCGGGGCUCGUUCGGCCCAGACGACUGCGUGGCGGACACGGCGGAGGUGCGGUUCGACCGGCCCGUGCCCGUCAAGGAGGGCGCCAAGUACGCGGUGCGGCUGCGCAACCACGGCGGCCGGACCAGCAACGGCGACGGCGGCCUGGCCUCCGUCAAGGGUCCCGACGGCACGGUGUUCGCCUUCUCCACCUGCUCGCUGAGCUUCAACGGCACCACCCAGACGCGCGGCCAGAUCCCACAGAUACUCUACUACAGCAACCUGCAGGACUCGGAGAGCCAGCAGCCGGGCAGGGCGUGGGCGGAGCUCCAGGGAUGCCGGAGCACGCUGUCCGUGGCGUCGGCGGUGGCCCAGCGCUGCGGCGACCUGCUGGCCCUGGCGCGCGAGCGGGCGGAGAGCGCCCUGGCCGCCGAGGUGCUGGGGUCAGCCUGCGUCGUCACCACGCUGCUGCCCUUCGUGUUCGCCCACGUCAGCCCGCUGGCCACGCUCGACCCCAGGAGCGGCGUCCAGGUGCUGGGACUCAUCCAGGAGCUGCUGCCCCACGUGGCGGCCCUCAACUCGCUCGCCCCGCCCAUGCACCGGUCCGCCGGCUCCUCGGACAGCCUGCCGGACCACCAGGCACCAUGCACCACCACCACCACGUCCCACCACUACGCCUGGGUGGAGAGUGACCACCCCUACAAGCCCGCCACCGUCUCCAACUACCGAGUGUCCUUCCCGGAGGGCGUCAAGUGGCUGUGUGUGGAGUUCGACCCGCGGUGCGGCACGGCCCAGGCCGAGGACACCCUGCAGCUGUACGUCCCGAGCCUGCCCGGGGCGGGCGGGCCCUCCCGCCCCGCCCCUGCCGCCCCCGCCGCACCCGCCGCCCCCGGCACGCCCGGCGACGAGGGCGACGCCGACUCCGUGCCCGUGCCCUACUGGCCCGUGCUGCGCAAGUUCAGCCGCGGCGGCGCCAACUGGCCGCAGAACGCCAUCGUGCUCCCAGGGAACGAGGUGAUAUUCUCGCUGGAGACGGCGUCGGACUACGUGAAGGACGAGAAGGCGUGCUACUACGGGUUCCGGUGCCUGGUGGUGGGCUACGAGUGGCACACGGCGCCCGGCGACGGGCUGCGCCACCUGGAGAUGGAGCUGGCCUUCCUCGGAGGCAUGUGCGCCGCCUCGCUCAUGAAGAAGGAGCUGCUCCUCCCGCUGACCUCAGUGGAGGAGAUGGACGAGGACGUGGAGAUCGUGGAAGAGCUGGCGCAGCAGGAGUACCACAACCACGCCGCGCUCCUGGGGAAGGGCUUUGCGCUGGGCUGCCCGCCCACCAUCGCGCAGGCCCUCGACGGGAACCUGCCGUUCAGCUGCCACUCGAACGAGCGGCUGUUCCUGAAGGACCUGGUGCAGUGCGCCCCGGGCACCAGCGGGGGGCGCCUAGCGCGCUGGCUGCAGCCGGACAGCCACGUGGAGCCGGCCCGCUGCGAGGUGCUGUACAGCAAGGACGACAUGCGCUGCGGCUGGCCCGCCAUCGUCACCGUGCUCACGCGCGACCAGUACGGCGACCUGGUGCACGUGCCCAACCUCAAGAUCGAGGUGAAGGCCUUGCCUAUCGACAAGAAGGAGCUCGGAGACUCCGAUCAGAGCCGGAAGAUGCGCCGCGUCAGCGAACCAGACGCCCUCACGUUCGGCGGCCAUGCGCAUCCUUCGCUGGACAUCCCUUACGAGGUCACCAUCAAGGACAAGAUGUGCUACUACGCCAUCACCAUCAUGAAGGCGUACGAGAACUACUCGUUCGAGGAGCUGCGGCUGACGUCGCCGGCCGUGAAGCGCUCCAGCGAGAACAUGCUGGUGCGCCCCAACUCUGACGGCACGUACAGCGCCACCUGGACGCCGGGCAGCGUGGGCUGGUACUCCGUGCUGGUCACCGUCGACGGCUACGACAUGGAGGAGCUGCACAAGGUGGAGGUGAAGGAGCCGCCCCAGGGCAUGAUGCCGCCCGUGCAGAGCGUGGUGAAGAAGCCCCCGCACCAGCCCAGCCGCCUGCGCAAGUUCGUGGCCAAGAACAGCGCCGGCCUGCGCGUGCGUGCACACCCCUCCUUGCAGAGCGAGCAGAUAGGCAUAGUGCACGUCAACGGCACCAUCGCCUUCGUCGACGAGAUCCACAACGACGACGGGGUGUGGCUGCGGCUGAGCCAGGACACGAUCCAGCAGUACUGCGGGGGCGGGCACGGCGAGGCGUGGUGCCUGCAGUACAACCAGCACCUGGGCAAGACCCUGCUGCUGCCCGUGGAGCAGCCCCGGUCCAUCCUGGACCAGGUCAUCAAGGAGACAAUCCUGCGCAAGUGCCCGGAGAUCGCGCUCCGAGACGGGGCGUCCCGGCCGGCGGUGGUCUACGGGCCGGGGGAGUACCAGGUGGUGAAGUGCGGGGCGUCGGGCCACAACGUGCGCUGCCACCCCAGCCUCAAGGCCGCCGCAGUCGGGAUGCUGGUGCUGGGGAACCGCGUCACCGCCGUCGACUACGUGGUGAACACGGAGGGCACCUGGGUGCAGCUGGACGACGAGACGGUGCGCAAGUUCUGCAUGAACGGCGACGGGGAGGCGUGGUCCCUGGCGCUCGGACACUCGGACGUCGUGUACCUGCGCAAGGACGGGCUGUCCUCGGACGGAGAGUUCUCGUCGGAGAUGCAGACCCAAGUGGCGGAGAGCAUAUUCCCGCCGCCGGCGAAGAAGGGCUUCGACUUCUCCCAGAACACCAACCUGUCGCCGUUCGGCGCGGGCGAAGGGUCGCCGUCGCCCUUCAACUUCAGCAGCUCGUCCGCCUCGCGCAGGGACACGCCCCUCCCGGACACGGCCGAGAGCGGCGGCAGCACCAACCCCUUCGUGUUCGGCUUUUUCGAGCAGCCGGCCAAAGUGGCGACGCCCAGCGGCGCGGCGAAGUUCGGCGCGGCGGAGGGCUCGCCCAGGACGCAGCGCGAGCGGGAGCGGGAGCGCGAGAAGGAGUGCAGGAAGUUCACGGCGCUGCAGACGUGGCUGAAGGGGGAGGAGGGUCGCUCCGGCCGCAGGGGCUCCCCCGGCAAGGACCUGCCCCCGGAGCUGGCCGGGGUGUCGGUGAAGGAGCUGGUGAAGGCCAUCGGGGAGAGCCGGGCCAACGGGAACGGGGUGACGCCUCCCGGGACUCCCCGCCGCCUGUCGCGCAGCUCCAGCCCCAAGGCGGGGCCCGGGGGCGCCUGCUCCCCCCGCAUCAGCCGGAGCUCGAGCCCCGUGCCCAUACCAGGUGGCAGGCCUGCGGUAAGCCUCUUGCAGCACGACAGCGGCAGUAGCAGUUCUCUGGCGUGCGUCGGCGGAGGAGGAGCGGGGUCCUCUCGUAGCAUUGGCCUGUCCCCUCUAGUGUCGGGCGCCGUGCCGGACUCGCAGCGGCGCGGCUCCACGCAGAGCGACACGAGCGCGCUGGUCAGCAGCCUGACGCACGACCUGUCGCAGUCGCCCACCACGGCCAACAACACGCGCGACCUGUCGCCCAGCCCCAGCUGCAGCUCCUUGCAGCUGCGCUCCGAGGGCAGCGCCCACAGCACGCCGGGCGAGCAGGAGGCGGCGGACUACAGCCCGCGCACGGUGACGCAGACCGGCACGCAGACCAGCCCCGAGAGCGCGGCCGCCGGCAUCAAGGGCCACUUCAGCAUCGGCGCGGGCGGCGCCAGGGAGGAGCGCCUGUCGCCCGUGCCGGCGCGCAAGGCCCGCUCCAAGCGCGCCAUGUCGCCCGCCGCCGGGGGCAGCGGCCCGCGCGCCAGGGGGCCGGGUCCCGGGACGGCCCCGCCGCUCGGCAAGGAGCCCGUCAAGCCCGCCGUCAGCCCCUCCGUGGCCGAGUCCCUGCGCGCCGUGUUCGCGGCCUUCCUGUGGCACGAGGGCGUGGUGCACGACGCCAUGGCGUGCGCGUCCUUCCUCAAGUUCCACCCGGGGCUGCCGAAGCAGGGCGCGCUGGUGGUGACGCGGCCGCACGGGCCCCAGGACCCCGGCGAGGCGUCCUCCAGGGAGCAGCGCGCGAGGCAGCGCCACUCGGUGGAGGUGUCCACGGCGGGCACCUACCUGCACAUCCAGCCGGCCACGCUGGAGACCCUGACCCGCUCGGCGGCCACCGCCAGCGCCAGCAGGAGCCGCGCCAGGAAGCAGCACUCGGAGGGCGUGAUCAGCGAGGAGGCGGCCCUGCCGGAGACCGUGGCCGUGCUGCCGCCGGCGCUGAGGUCCCUCGUGGUGCUGUGGGAGGAGCUGAGCCGCAGCUGCCUGCAGGCCAUCGCGCAGCACAGCGUGCUGCUGCCCAGCCCCACGGUGUCCGCGCGCUCCGCCAGGCGGCCGGCCAAGCCCUCGCCGCCGGAGCCCAGGGAGCCCAGGCCGGACAAGAGGCCGGGCCACAAGAAGAAGGAGUGGAAGCCCAUGGGGCAGGUGGCACCGGGGCCGUCGGGCGCCGUCGAGCGGGAGACCCCCUGCGAGCUGUGCGGGAACACCUACCCCCAGCCGGUGACCUACCACAUGCGCCAGGCGCACCCCGGCUGCGGGGGCCACGCCGGAGGCAAGGGCUACAACAGCGGCGGCAACUUCUGCGUGGGCUGGGCGGGCAACUGCGGCGACGGCGGGGUGGGGGGCAGCUCGUGGUACCUGGUGUGCGACGCCUGCCGCGCCAAGUACCUGCGCUGCCGCGCGCACGGCAAGGACAAGGCGGGGGGAGCCGGGAGGGGCGGGGGGUCGUCGUCGUCGCGCCGCAAGGCGGGGCCCGCGCUGUCUCCCGCCUGCUCGUCCAGGCUGCAGUCUCCCUCGGCCGGCGGCGCGGCGCGCGAGACCCAUGUGGUGAUGCGCAACAACGCCAUGUUCCUGCUGGAGCUGGCGAGCGCGUCGGGCUCGGGGCUGCCCCCCACCCCGCCACGGGGGGCCGCCAUGCCGCCCGUGUCGGAGCACCGCAGUCCCCCGGAGGCGGCGGGGCCCUUCUCGCCCGUGGGGGCCUUCCGGUGCCUGCAGGCGCUCGGCGCCUUCCCCUCGCAGCAGGCCCGGGACGACCGCGACUUCCUGGAGGAGGCCUUCCGGCGCGAGAACGGCGGCUCCCGGCCGGUGUCGGACACGCUGAGCGACAACGAGAGCGAAAGCAGCAAGGGCAAGGCGUUCCACCGCUCCAUAUCGAUGGGCACCAACGGCGUGCCAUGGAGCAGACGCGACGGUGAGGGCCGCUACAUCAUGAUGCGCAAGAGGAACAACAGCAGCAGUGAAGUGGCCUCUGACGGGGGCUCGUCGCUGCUGUGCUACCCGUCGGCGGCGCUGCAGAAGCUAGUCCCUGGCACGGGCCAGUCCGCCAUCGUCUCGGCGCCGCCGGAGGCCCCGCCCAGCCUCGGGCUGCUGGACCGCCCGGUGAUGCUGUUCGUGCUGCAGCACCACAACCUGGGCUACCUGCAGCUCGCCAUGCGCCAGGCGCUGCGCAAGGCAGCCUGCCGCGUCUACGCCAUGCAGGCGCUGAACUGGCUGCUGAGGAGCGUGACGCAGCCGGUGUGCCUCCACGACCUGCUGUGGUGGUUCGUGGCGGCGCUCACCCCCGCCCCUCCCGAGCCCGAGGCCGAGGGCGAAGAGGACCACCGGCCCGAGCCGAGGGACGACAGCGACUGCCGCGGAGUGUGCGAGCACCCUCUGAGCGACAUCGGCGUGGCCGGGGAGGCGGCCCACCCGCUCCCCCAGGCCUUCCACGCGCUGCUCCAGACGGUCGCCGACCUCAUGGUGCUGCUGCCCAUGGGCUCCGCGCUGCAGCAGGCGGCCGUGCGCUGCUGGGGGCUGCGCUUCUCGCCCGCCGACCACAUGUUCCUGCACAGGAGCCAGGUGUUCAGCAACAUCAGCAAGAUCCUGUCGCGCUCGGAGGAGGAGCAGGACGAUGCCGGCGGCAGCAUGCACGAGAGCCACCAGUCCAGUCAAUCCCUGGUGACGAGCUGCGUGGAGACGCUGAAGGACUUGACGCCGUCCGUGGAGAUCAAGGCAUCGAGCAGACAGGCCAUGGUGGGCAGCCUGGUCGACAGCUCGACCGAGACCUUCUGGGAGUCCGGGGAUGAGGACAGGAACAAGACCAAAACGAUAACGAUUUUGUGUGCUCCGCAGUCCUACCCUAGAAUGGUGUACAUCCACAUUGACAACUGCAGAGACUUAGCUAACAAGGUGUCGAGUGUGACAUUCCAGUCGGGCCCCAACAUCGACGAGUUGUACCGAUUGCGGCAGGUGGAGGUGGAGAACAGGUCGACGGGCUGGGUCAGCUGCCCGGUGCUGGACACGCGCCACGCGGCGGUGCGGCUGGAGCUGAAGGGGCCGGACAACUCGCUGCGGCUGAGGCAGAUACGCGUGCUGGGCGAGGUGGAGGGGGAGAGCACGCGCCUGGGCCGCCAGCACGGCAGCGCCACCGUGCAGCACCGCAACUGCGAGGCGGAGACGCUCCGUGUCUUCCGGCUCAUCACCUCGCAGGUGUUCGGCAAGCUGAUCGUGGGGGAGCAGCCCGCGGAGGCGGGGGGCGCCGGGGGGGAGGGCGAGGAAACGGACCUCAAGGAGCACAUGGUGGGGAUCCUCUUCAGCCGCAGCAAGCUGACGCACCUGCAGAAGCAGGUGUGCGUGCACAUCGUGCAGGCGAUCCGCGCGGAGGCGGCGCGGGUGCGCGAGGAGUGGGAGGCGCUGCUGUGCUCGGGGCAGGCCGGAGGAGCGGCAGGGGGCGGCCCGGAGGCGGCGGGGGGCAAGCGGGCCGACGCCUACUGCUUCGAGAUGCUGUCCAUGGUGCUGGCGCUGAGCGGCAGCGGCGUGGGGCGCGCCUACCUGGCGCACCAGGCGGGCCUGCUGCGCGACCUGCUCAGCCUGCUGCACACCGGCUCCGCGCGCGUGCACAGACAGGUGACUUCGCUCCUGCGACGCAUGCUGCCGGAGAUAUCGCCGGCCGUGCUGAGCAGCGUGAUGAGCGUGGACCGCCUCCCGCCGGCAGACUUCAGCAUCGUGUCUGCCACCAACAAGGCUCCCUCGGAGCUGGAGAAACCUUUCGAUAUUCACAGCGUCGGCGUGCUGGACGUGUUCCUGGCCUGCAUCGCCAAGGCCCUCACGGUCCAGGUGAAGGCCAAGGGCAAGGACGGCAAGGGGCUGACCACCGUGACGCUGGCCACCUCGAUCCACCCGCGCGACUACUGCGGCGCGCGCUGGUGGCUGCGCGGCUGCAUCGCGCGCCGGCUGGCCGAGGACGUCAUGCAGCUGCUCAAGGACAUGGCCGCCGGCAAGCUGUCGGAGGCGUGGGCGGACGUGACGAAGGGCGCGGUCGCCGAGAGCAUCCUGAACCUGACGAGGCUGGACGAGCCGCGACGCUGCCCGCCCGACUGCCUGCGCACGCCCACGCUGUGGCUGGCGCUGGCGUCGCUGUGCGUGCUGGACCGCGAGCACGUGGAGCACCUGUCGUCGGGCCAGUGGAGCGGCCUGGCCGCCGCCGACGGCCAGCCCCCUCCCCCCCGGCCGACGUGCAGCAACCACGACGACGGCGAGACGGCGGCCAUCAUCCAGUGCAGCUCGUGCGGCAACCUCUGCGCGGACUGCGACCGCUUCCUUCACCUGCACCGUCGCACCCGCCUGCACCAGAGACAGGUGUGCAAGGAAGAGGAGGAGGCCAUCAAGGUGGACCUGCACGAGGGCUGCGGCCGCACCAAGCUGUUCUGGGUGAUGGCGCUGGCCGACUCGCGCACGCUCAAGGCCAUGGUGGAGUUCCGCGAGGGGGCGCGCAGCAAGCCGGCCGGGGUGUCGCCCGGGGUGUGCCGCUUCUGUGGGGCCACCGGGAGCUCGGGGCUGCUCGCCAUCGGCAACAUCUGCGCCGACCAGGAGUGCCAGGAGCACGCGCGCCACGCCUGCAGCAAGCUGCUGCCGUGCGGGCACGUGUGCGGGGGCAUCAAGGGGGAGUCCCCGUGCCUGCCGUGUCUGCACGGCUGUUCCGCCGACCCGGGGCUGAAGCAGGACGCGGACGACAUGUGCAUGAUCUGCUUCACCGAGGCCCUGUCCUGCGCCCCGGCCAUACAGCUGAACUGCGGCCACGUGUUCCACCUGACGUGCUGCAAGAGCGUGCUGAUGAAGCGCUGGGCUGGACCCAGGAUCACCUUCGCCUUCUCCUUGUGUCCCAUCUGUAAGAGCCCCAUGGAGCACUGGGUGCUGGCGGAGCUGCUGCGGCCCGUCAAGGACCUGCGCGAGGACGUGCGACGCAAGGCGCUCAUGCGGCUGGAGUACGAGGGCCUGCACAAGGCGGAGGCCAUCACCAGUCCCGGCGCGCGCUUCCACAACGACCCCGCCAGCUACGCCAUGGACCGCUACGCCUACUACGUCUGCUACAAGUGCAACAAGGCCUACUACGGAGGGGAGGCGCGCUGCGACGCGGAGGUGGGAGAGGAGUACGACCCCACGGAGCUGGUGUGCGGGGCGUGCAGCGACGUGUCGCGCGCCCAGAUGUGCCCCAAGCACGGCACCGACUUCCUCGAGUACAAGUGCCGCUACUGCUGCUCCGUCGCCGUCUUCUUCUGCUUCGGCACCACGCACUUCUGCAACGCCUGCCACGACGACUUCCAGCGCGUCACCAACAUCCCCAAGCUGGAGCUGCCGUCCUGCCCCGCGGGCCCCAAGGCCAAGCAGCUGGCGGGAGAGGAGUGCCCGCUCCACGUGAAGCACCCGCCCACCGGCGAGGAGUUCGCCCUGGGCUGCGGGGUCUGCCGCAACGCCCACACCUUCUAGGGGCGUCGCCCCCCGCGGUGCUGCUGGUCCGCCGCGCUCGCGCUCGCCGCGUGGUUCCGUCGCCGCCGCUAGACCCGUCCCGGGGCCCACUGGCGAGACACAGCACUUCUGCACGUUGUAGCUUUUACUAAAGCAUUAUUCAAAACUUUGUGGUGUAUUUCUCCAGUAUAUUUACGGAUGAAAAAUGUACGCUUGUAGUAUUUGGUGUGUUUUUUGAGAUCAUGUAUGAAAAUACAUUUAAAUGUAUUUUAAAAUUUACAUUCAUUAUUCAAUGUGUAUUGUAGUAGACUAGAAUACUUGUAUAUUGAUAAAUAUACAAAAUAUUGGGCAAUGAUGUUUAAGUUCAUACAUUUGAAGGUUUCCCAUUCCAUGCUAAAACUUAACUCUCAACUUCAGUGCAUUUUUUUUUUUCAACAUCAUUUUAAUGAUGUGUACUGUAUAAUUUUGCAAAAGGCCAGAUAGAACAAAUUAUAAGUUAAUAGGUACAUUAACUAGCUCAAAACAUUCACCCACUCAUUAGUAUAGAUGAGGCAAAAUGGUAGGCCUGUGCGAAGCUUUGACUACUCGAAUCAAUCGAAGCUCUUUAAUAUUCGAUUUGACUUCGCUAGGAAAUUUGCUAUUUGUUUUAUUUAAAGUUUCGGUUCUGAUACAUAGCUUCUCGUCUGAUGUGAAGCUUCAUAUUUGUUGCAAAGCUUUAGAAAAUUUAGUUUUUUUUUUUUUGCUUGAAUAGAGUUGGUUACUUAAAAAAAAUUAAAGAUGUUGGCACCCUGAAUGCUCAAAAUUACUAUUAUGUAUAUUUACUUUAUAAUUUUUAUUUAAUGAUAUUAUACAUAGGGUAAAUUGGUUACCAAUUACUUAAUAACAUGUUGCAUUACAAAAAUUAUUUUUUUUUUUUUCACUUCAAUCCUUUAUUUUAUAAGAUAAGUGUAAUACAGCUUCACAGAGAACAAUAUUUGUAAUUCGAUUCAACUUUACUAAAUCUUUCUAACAUUUGAUUUGAUAUUCGCUGGGCUACAAAAAAACUAGUACAUACUUGCACAUGCCUACAAUAUGGUAAGUUAUCUGUGAAUAAUAUUAGCGGUGGAGUGCAAGACUUUGCCGGUUGUACCCAUUGCUGCCCACUCUAUCCACUUUGAGGCCGUGGAUGCAGGAUUGGGGGGGUGUAACUGUCUACUAUGCACUUCUCUCCGACAUAUAGACCUUCACGACACAGGACGUCUCUUGCUCCACAGCUAGCAUGGUUGGAUAGCUCAGCCUUUAGAUAACAUACCUGUGCUUUUGAAGCUCAGGGUUAGUAUAGAGGGGUUGCCUCAAUCUCACAAGGGCAAUUUAGACAGCCCGACACUCCGCUGUGAUGGGCCGCUACACAACACCUGCUUGCUGACGGCUUUCCCCUGUCAGCCCAGUUCAUGUUAUGUUUAUAGAUACAUCCAAAUGUCUUGUAAACAUUACUUAUAAUGUACCAUUUAUGUUUUGUAAGCUGUGAUGUUCAAUAAACAAAAGUGUAAUUUACAA